AAUCUUCCCCCUUCACCAGGCUGCUGAGGACAAACUGCUGAAGUGCAACUGUGGUGUUACAGUCAAACAUGAUGCUGGGCCUCACUUUAAGGGUUUCUUGGAUCUGUCUGCUGUUGUGCAUUGCUGCUGGUUUUCCUGCAACAAAAGGAGACUACAAAUAUCCCUACACAGCUAUCGGGAGCCCCAGUGGCAGUUCUGGAUCAUCAAACUUUCCUUCUGGAGGUUCAUUUCUUCCCCAGAUGUCGGCGCCUGAAGCCCCGGCCCAACAGCCUAGCUCUCCAGCCAGAUUUGCUGCUCCCAGUGUGGCGUUCGCUCCACUGAGUUAUGAGCGAAACACAUUCAUCAGGCCUUAUGAUUCCAGUGCUGACGGCUCCUCCAAGGCUCCUGGAGUCCCUUCUCAGGGUGCAGGCUACGCCAGCCCUCCUGUGUUUGCUCCUGUCUCCCCUGUGCAGCCCCAGCCUGGUUCUGGCACUGUUGGUAACCUGGGUAGUUAUGCUAAGGCUCCGGCCCUCAGGAUCGGUGAUGGCCCUAUGCCUUAUGGAAGCCGUUCCGAAGGUGCCAGCCCUAUGGCUUACGGAAGCCGUUCCAAGGGUGCCAGCCCUAUGGCUUACGGAAGUCGUUCCAGUGCAAGCUCUCCGACCCUCAGGUUCGGUGACGGCCCUAUGCCUUAUGGAAGUCGUUCCAGUUCAAGCUCUCCGACCCUCAGGUUCGGUGACGGCCCUAUGCCUUAUGGAAGCCAUUCCAGUUCAAGCUCUCCGGCCCUCAGGUUUGGUGACGGCCCUAUGCCUUAUGGAAGCCAUUCCAGUGCAGGCUCACCUUUGCGGGAUGUGCAGCCUGCAGGGGAAGCCUACAUCUCAUUCCCCUUCCCAGAUGCCCAAAUGGCAUCUCGUCCUUUCCCAGACUGGAGUGUCUUGGAAGCAAAUGCUGCAGCACCAGACUCCCAGAGUGAGACAUCCCCCCUGCCACCUUCAUCCUACAUCAUCCAGUCCAGUGAUGGCUACCAGCAAGCAAAUGUAUUCCUCUCCCACAUGAAAUACUCCCCAGAGUACCUUCCACCACCUGAGAUCAAGGCUCCAAGCAAGCUUCCACCAAUGAGCCGGUCCAAAGGGGUAAAAGCCUACAGAGGUUAACUCUUGGGACAGAUCCUGAGUCUGGUCAAACCAGUUCCACAUGUGGAUGAUUGUUUUGAAAAGUGUUCAAUAAAAACAAACUUACAAAUAA